CAAAAAAUGGGGAGGCGGCGGGUCCGAGCUCUUAGACCCCGCUCGUCAUGCGUGUGGUGCUGCUGCUAAAAAAGAAUAAUUUUGGCUUUUAUUUUAUUGUUGUUUUGCAUUUUAAUUUCCACGUUGAGACUGUUGUUUUUUGUUUUUAUUUUAUUUGGUUCUGUAAGACUUUUGCAUCAGGAUUGGGUGAUGAGAGUUCUGCGGUAACCGUCAAUAGCUCAAUUAUGCCCAUUUUAAGAUCAGCUAGUUAUAUUGUUUUGUCAAAUGUGAUUAACUCAGAGUCUGACCCAAGAACGCAUAGUUAUUUGUGGUGCUUUUGUUAUUUUAGCCCCUUUCUAAAUGCUGUGAUUUUAAUCUAAGUCCCCU